ACCUGAGUUGAGGCACCUAGAACAGAGCAGAGGUCUUCCAUUGUGACCGCUGCCACCUGAUAUUGUCAGGUAAAUGCUUUGCAAGCAUAUUCACUCACUCGUUGGCUUUUACGAGCCAUUGGGCUGGUCUUUUAAGAACACCUAGAACAUCUGAGUUGAGGCACCUAGAACAGAGCAGGGGUCUUCCAUUGUGACCGCUGCCUCCUGAUGUUGUCUGGUAAACACUUUGCUAGCAUAUUUACUCACUCAAGUUGGCUUUUAUGAACCAUUGUGCUGGUCUUUUAAAAACACCUAGAACAUCUGAGUUGAGCAACCUAGAACAGAGCAGAGGUCUUCCAUUGUGACCACUGCCACCUGAUAUUGUCAGGUAAAUGCUUUGCAAGCAUAUUUACUCACUCAAGUUGGCUUUUAUGAACCAUUGUGCUGGUUUUUUAAAAACACCUAGAACAUCUGAGUUGAGGCACCUAGAACAGAGCAGAAGUCUUCCAUUGUGACUGCUGCCACCUGAUAUUGUCAGCUGAUAGUUGAAAAGACAACUGACUACCCAACGGCUGAGUACUCUUUGGUGGAGGAUGUAGCUCUCCACUUCACCUGUUUGAUGGACAGACUGAACGAGCAGCGCCUCUUUCAGCCAGACCUGUGUGACGUCGACAUUGUGCUGGGGCAACAGAAGAGCGUCUUCCCGGCCCACAAGGGCGUCCUCGCUGCCUACAGCCCGUUCUUCCAUUCCCUCUUCACCCGGAACAAGCAGCUCCAGCGAGUAGAGCUUUCCUUGGAGACCCUGACCUCCCAAGGCCUCCAACAGAUCCUGAACUUCAUCUACACCUCCAAGCUCUUGGUGAGCGUCUUGAACGUCCAGGACGUCCUGAGCGCCGCAGGAGUCCUGCAGAUGAGCAACAUUGCUUCCUCCUGCCAGGAGCUCAUCAACACCCGGUCUCUCAGUUUGGCCAUGGCGAGCAAUAUGGCAUUGCCACCAGAUAAUUGUGGGAAAAAUGCCCCAUCUCAAUAUUACUGUGAGAUAAAGCAAGAGCUGGAUUCCUCAAAUCCCAAGAUCUACUCCCGGGAAGGGAAUGACUCGUUUUCGGUGCGGGUGGAGGACAACACCACACGGGAAGGCAACCAGAACACCUCGGCUGUAGCCGGGAGGAAGUACUAUAAAGAGGGGGAAGGAGCUGGCCCUCCCGUUUGUAAGAUGGAAGGUGAACAAUCUGAAGAGGUCCUAGUUGAUCGGGGAUCUUACAACCGUGGGGAACAAAUCAUUGUAGAAGUCAACCUCAACAACCAGACCCUCAAUGUCUCAAAGGGGACAGAGGGGAAACCUGCCAGUGUCAACCAAGCAGCAACUGUUGCCACAGUGAUUGGGCAGUCUAAAGGGGAAGGACCUGCCACUGAGGGGAAUGGAGAGAAAGAAAACGGAGAAGGAGAGGAGGAAGAGGAGGAGGAGGACGUUGAAGCAGGGGAGGAGGAGGAAGAGGAAGAGCACACGGAAGAAGAGGAUGUGGAAGAGACUACUGAGGAGGAGGAAGAAGGAGAAGUGGAUGAGGAAGGGGAGGAGAUGAUGACUGAGAUCAAAAUGGAGAAGUCAGGGGCCACUCACAGGCCCAGUAGCAAGGCAGCCAAGGCCACCAAGAUGUCCGUGUCCACUGGGUCCCAGGAGGUGGCCACCAUUUCAGUGACCCUGGAAGAGGACGAAGAGGAGGAGGAGGAAGAGGAAGAAACUGAGGAGGAAGGAGAAGAUCAAAGAGGCAAGAAGAAGAAGGAGCAGGACAGUCUUGGCCAGAAGGUCAAGUUGGAAGAGAAGCAGCACUACCCUUGUGAGAAGUGUCCCCGGGUCUUCAACAACCGCUGGUACCUGGAAAAACACAUGAAUGUCACACACAGCCGCAUGCAGAUCUGUGACAAGUGUGGCAAGAGGUUUCUGUUGGAGAGCGAGCUGCUGUUGCAUCGCCAGACAGACUGUGAGAAGAACAUUCAGUGCACAACAUGCGGGAAAGCCUUUAAGAAGCUCUGGUCCCUCCACGAACACAACAAGAUCGUCCACGGCUAUGCGGAGAAGAAGUUCUCCUGCGAGAUCUGCGAAAAGAAGUUCUACACCAUGGCGCAUGUGCGGAAACACAUGGUUGCGCAUACCAAGGACAUGCCCUUCACCUGCGAGACGUGUGGGAAGUCGUUCAAGCGGAGCAUGUCGCUGAAGGUGCACUCUCUCCAGCACUCGGGGGAGAAGCCGUUUAAAUGUGAGAACUGCAACGAGAGGUUCCAGUACAAGUACCAGCUCCGCUCUCACAUGAGCAUCCACAUUGGCCACAAGCAGUUCAUGUGCCAGUGGUGCGGGAAGGACUUCAACAUGAAGCAGUACUUUGACGAACACAUGAAAACACACACAGGUGAAAAGCCAUACAUCUGCGAGAUCUGUGGGAAGAGCUUCACCAGCCGCCCCAACAUGAAGCGCCACCGCCGGACCCACACGGGGGAGAAGCCCUAUCCGUGCGACGUCUGCGGCCAGCGCUUCCGGUUCUCCAACAUGCUCAAGGCCCACAAGGAGAAGUGCUUCCGGGUCAGCACCCCUCUGUCCUCGGACCCCGGCGCCAACAACAGCGACUCCAUGGUCCUCGGUGCUCCCGAGAGUGCCAAUCCGGUGCACUUGCUGGCCGGAGCUCCUCCCCACGCAACACCACAUUCCCACACGCUCCCUUUGCCACUCAUGCAUGCUCAUGCGCAGAGUGUCCCUCCUCCGCCCCUCUUACCACCACCACCGCCUCUCUUUCCGGGCAGCAGAGCAAACUUGGAUAACUAGGGCCCUGUACCGUUUUAUUCUGGGUGCACAAGAAACCCACCUGUAAUCCAAUAAGUGCCCAGUAGGUGUCAGUCAAGGACAUUACUGACAGCUAGAAGGGAAGUCGCUUAGAUUCUGGUAUGUGUUUCUUUUUAAUGCGCUUAGUCGCUUGAUUUCUGCUUGAAGGGCUGGACGUUUCCAGGCCUGAGUGGGAGCAGCCUGAGCCCACCGGUCACCUUUCAUGCUCAAAAUACCUAGGACAUAAAACUAAGCUAUUGCUCUGUUCACACAUAGAAGGGUGUAGACCAAGUGGUGCAAGAUCUAUCACAUGGCUUGUUUGUCUUCACAUAGAUCCAAACUGUUUCUGAACCUGUCUUGCUAAAUGUUCCAGGGAUAGAUAGAAGGGGAAUGCAUUUCUGUUGGAGCCAAAAAGUUUGGAAGAAAAUCAUUGCCAUUCAUGGUUUCAUAGUGUAUCAUAGUCAGUCUUCCAUGAGAGUAGAAAAACCACACAAAAAAUCUGAGAGAAUAUGGCUCUAGGAAUCAAGUCCCCCAGUGGGUGAACUUCUACGGAAAGGUCAUAUUAAUCAAAUCCACAAAACUCAAUCCUCUCAAGUGUGGAGGACCAGCUCUAUAAGCAAAGCCGGUGCUCGUCCACUUGUUAUUCCUUCGGUAACAAGUGGAAAGAAUUUACAUUUCAAAAGCAGCGUAGUAAGCAAGAGUGGGGCUCCAUGAGUGUAACAGGAUUUAUACCAUUGUUUUAUUGAAUCCAAGAAUGUUGUCCUCGACUCUUGUAACUUGGAACUACAGCCAUUCUCUUCCCAAGCUCUGUAACAAAGAACAGGAGCAAAUUAUUCCUAGAAAGCAACUUUCCAAGCUCCAUAGAAUGCAGUGCUUGAAAACAUUAUGCAGAGUUUUUUUGAAUGCUGGUAACCAGAUUUUGUUCAUUUUCAUGGUUUCCUCCUUUAUGUUGAAAUUGUCCACAUAUUUGUGGAUUUCAAUGGCUUCUCUGUGUAGUCUGGCAUGAUGGUUGCUAGAGUGGCCCAAACUCUAAAAUCAGGACAGUAAAUAGAGAACAAUACCCAGAAGACAGGGGAAUUCCAGACAAGAAACAAUCAGGGCCAGCUAACACCUCCCAACAAAGGAUUCCCCACAGGCAGGAAGCAGCCAGGCUUUGAAGCUGCAAGGCUUUUCAGUGCUAAUUGAGGUGUCCAAUUGCAACAUUCAAACUUGCCUCAGGGAGACAAGAGUUCUUUCUCCCACCCUGGACAUCAUUCCACAGAUAUACAGUAGAGUCUCACUUAUCCAAGCUAAACGGGCCAGCAGAAGCUUGGAUAAGCAAAUAUCUUGGAUAAUAAGGAAGCAUUAAGGAAAAGCCUAUUAAACAUCAAAUUAGGUUAUGAUUUUACAAAUUAAGCACCAAAACAUCAUGUUAUACAACAAAUUUGACAGAAGACGUAGUUCAAUAUGCAGUAAUGUUAUGUUGUAAUUACUGUAUUUAUGAAAUUAGCACCAAAAUAUCACGAUAUAUUGAAAACAUUGACUACAGAAAUGGCUUGGAUUAUCCAGAGGCUUGGAUAAGCGAGGCUUGGAUAAGUGAGACUCUACUGUAUAUAUAAACCCCAUUUGCCUAGUUUCCAACACCUCACAACCUCUGAGGAUGCCUGCCAUAGAUGUAGGCGAAACAUCAGGAGAGGAUGCUUCUAGAACAUAGCCAGACAGCCCGUAAAAUUCACAGCAAAUCAGUAGCAAAUUAUUUCUAGAAAGCAACUUUCCAAGCUCCAUAUGAUAGAAACAUUAUGCAAAAACAAACCGCCAACGCUUGGUCUACAUCCUUCCUACAUCCCAUUAUAGAGAUACUCAACUUUAGCGAGUUAAUGCACUAAGGCAAACUCCUCUAGGAAUGGACCUUUCCUAGGAUCUCAUCUGUCAGCUGCUUUGGAAGCAGCUUGACAAAAGAAAUCUAGCUCUUCUUUUUAAAUCGACUUAUUGAUUUACCAUUUUUGCACUUUAUUAAUCCAUUAGACUAGCUCUUUUCUCCGUAGGGCACUUGCACGUUAUUCCAGACUCUUUUGCGAGCAAAACGAGAUGUCGGGGCACCGAUGUCUCACCGCCAUUGGGCUCGUUUUCACCCGCUUCAUGCCUCCCGCCACCUCCGAAACGGAGGGGAUUUUUCCCAUGCUUUCCUUAUUUUGUAUUGUGUGUAUUUGUGUGUGAACUACAGCAGGGCUGGCCCCUGGAACAAGAGCCAUAACACACGAGCGGGCGAGGAAGACACCAAGGUUGUGGCUCCACGGAAAACGUCACGGCAGUGCAAUAGUCGCAAAGAAGCGGGACGUUGGGACAAACGGCACAGUAUCGAACCCGUUGGGAAGAAGUAUUGACUUGUUUCAAUGUUGGCUUGUAUCUGAUAAGCCUUACAGUGGUCAACAAGUAUACUUUCCUAUCGAAAGACUUCGGUAUCGGAAGGAAGAUGUCAGGGGUAAGGAAAGCAACUUUACUUCGCAUCCAAACUGAUUUAACGAAUGCUCAUCUUCGGGCUUUGGAUGAUGCUGCGGCAUUCGGCACCUCUUGCCGAGAAGCGAAAGAACCGGCUUGUAUCGGUGAUUCUCCUUUAGCGCGAAAAAGAAAACGUAUCUAUAAUAAAGCACUUUAUUCUGUACAGAACGGGCGGGAUUUGGGAUAUAGACAAGGGAGCGGGGUGGAUUGAAAUCCGAAUACUUUUUUUUUUUUACUUAAAGAAGCAGCUUGAGAGAUGUUUCGGGAGAUAGGUUGCGGCUUUGGUUUUUAACACUCCCCUGUAUAACUGGCGUACGAUUUUUAUUAGCGAGAGAAAUAGGACAUCGCUGCAAACGAUUGGGAUCUGCUCCUUUUGUAUUCUGCUCAAAGCAAAGUGAGAAAUUGUUCCAAUGUGGUUGUGCAAUCUGGUUUCCAACCACUACGAGUGACUUCCUGAUGAUAGGACAUUAGAGAUGGAGAAGGUGCUGCUCUUUACGUCCCCGAACCUCCGACGUCAUAUUUUCCCCGCAAUGUCCCCACAAAACAGCUGGAAAACAUGGUUGUUUUGUGUGUUGUCGAAGGCUUUCAUGGCCGGAGUCACUGGGUUGCUGUGAGUUUUCCAUGUUCCAGAAGCAUUCUCUCCUGACGUUUCACCCACAUCUAUGGCAGGCAUCCUCAGAGGUUGUGCAGUUUGUUGGAAACUAGGCUAAUGAGGUUUACAUAUAUAAAUAUACCUCACAACCUCUGAGGAUGCCUACCAUAGAUAUGUGCGAAACAUCAGGAGAGAAUGCUUCUGGAACAUGACCAUACAGCCUGGAAAACUCACAGCAACCCAUGGUAGUGUUGCUCCCAAAACCCUCCAAAAGUUUCAAAGUAUGCAAAAAUAGAUUUACUCUCUGCCCCAUUGGCUGGAAACAAAGCUUUGGGAUAUUACUUCUGAAACUCAAAGGUUUCAGAUGCUCCCUAUUCCUACAUUUUUUUGGAACACAGAGAAUACUUGUUUGGUUUGUUUGCUCCAUCCUCUCUCCACUGUCAAACAAAUGUAUUUUGGCACCACUUGAACUGCCAUGGCUCGAUAUCACGCAAUCGUAGGAGUUGUAGUUUGGCAAGGCGCCUCGCCUCCUCUGCCCCAGAGUGCUGGUGCCUCCCCAAACUACAAAUCCCAGGAUUUCACAGCAUUCAACCAAGGCAGUGUCAAACUGCAUUCAUUCUACAGCAGUGGCUCCAACCUGUAGUCCGUGGACCACCAGUGGUCCCAAGAACUAAAAUAUGGUCCGUGGCCUCACCAUUGCUACAUCCUUGCAAUGAGAGUGACUAGUCUCGCGAAAUCCUCUUCUAGUGCGGAGGCAACGGUGAUGUUGGGAGGGCAGAGGCUGACUAUGCACCAAAUGUGUGACAACAAGCCUCCUGACUGCUGCUUCUCCUCCUCCCUCCCUGAGCGGAGCCAUUCCAUGUGGCGACUGCCUUGGUGCCAUCAUUUUUAGGCCUGUUCCUGGGGUUAUUUGGGGUGCUGAUUCAGAAAAUUGCAUUGGAUAGACCACAUCCGCUCUAAAUUAUUCAAUAUGGUUUUCUGUGUGAGACUAGAUGGCGUCUACUGGAUGGCAUAUGUUCUGUAUCAGAAACUAGAGCUGAUGUGGUCUAUCCAGUGCAAUUUUCUGAACUGGCACUCCAAAUAACCAAACUGAAUCUAAAGUUGACCAAAAACUGAUUCAUAACCCUUUUGGUACUAAUGUUGGAGAGUGGUCCCUGGUCAAAAAAAGGUUGGGAACCACUGUUCUACAGCCUAGGUCCUCCGCUUUUAUCAAUUGUUGCAAAUUGAGUCCAAACUACUCUCGGUUAACUUGAGAAGGCUGAACGUUUGCCAUUCUCAUUAGGCUAAGGCAAAAGCAAGCUGCUGCCUCCCUUAAAUGACUGUCAUCGCUUAAAUAACUUCUGAAAUGAAUUUAGCCAUCUUAAACUCACUGUGGGUUUGUUUUGCCACAUAUCUUGGUUUUUAUCUAUGAAACGUCGGACAGUAUAGACAUGUGGAAACAUACAUGUCUUGUCUACCAGUUUGUUGUGAUUUGAGUGCUGGGUUAGGAUCCUGGGAGAUGAUGGACAAGUCACACUCUCUCAGCCUCAGAGGAAAGUAAUUGCAAAUCCACUGUGAAACCUUUGCAAGGUUUGCCUUAGGGCAGGCCUGGGCAAACUUGGGCCCUCCCGGUGUUUUGGACUUCAACUCCCACCAUUCCUAACAGCCUACCGGCUGUUAGGAAUGGUGGGAGUUGAAGUCCAAAACACCGGGAGGGCCCAAGUUUGCCCAGGCCUGCCAUAGGGUCUCCAUAUAAAUAUAACAAUAAUAAUAAAGACUUGCAGGCACACAGCAAUAGCAAACCACACUUAACGGGCAUGCAUGUCACUCACAUAGAUGUUCAGCGGGGAGAGAGAAAAAUUUAUUUUUUACACCCCAAAACUGAAAUCUUCACUAAAGACUCAAUCCCAAAAGUGCAAAAACAUACCAAAAUUCUCAUCCUCUCACCCAGGAGAGUUUUCCAAAACGUCUCCUUCUUGCAUGCGCAGGCAAAAUAAGAUGACGAUCGGCAUCCCUCUUGCUCGGUGAGAUAUUACAAACCUUUCUCAGAAAUGGUGCUUUGCUUCUUCUUUUUUUUCUUUUAAAAAUUAAAGUUGGUUUAAAUAACUUCA